GGCCAAUCAAUCCUGUAUCUAGGCUCUCUCUUUCCACUUUCCUUCCCCCACCAACUCCGUAGCUACCGUACCGCCGUACCAGCCGUAACUUUACUUAGAGGUAGUGACCUUGGAAGUACCUUUUUCCCUAUCUUUUUUACCUCCUAGUUCCUACAUAGUUCCUACUUAUUUUAUCUCGCUCUCUCCUCUUUUCUAUCUCUUCUUAACCUCUUUCUACUACAUUUUCCCCCUUCCCAUCCUUCUUAUUAUCACCUCAAUAUACUCUUCAUUGAGUAUUUUAAAUAUCCUUCACCCCGCUUCUCCGGUUAACAUCUCAAUCUCCCUUCCUUAAUAUUUUCCCCUCAAGCCUCAAUCAAUUACUUCAAAAUGGCUGCUCCCGCUAGCAAGUUUAAGGUCGCUGACCUCUCCCUUGCCGCCUUCGGACGCAAGGAGAUUGAACUCGCCGAGAACGAAAUGCCUGGUCUGAUGGCCAUCCGAAAGAAAUAUGCCGCUGAUCAACCACUCGCCGGUGCCCGCAUUGCCGGUUGCUUACACAUGACCAUCCAGACCGCCGUCUUGAUUGAGACAUUAACAUCUCUCGGUGCCGAAGUUACUUGGACUUCUUGCAACAUCUUCUCCACACAAGACCACGCCGCUGCUGCUAUCGCUGCUGCCGGUGUCCCCGUCUUUGCCUGGAAGGGUGAGACCGAGGAGGAGUACAACUGGUGCUUAGAACAACAACUACUUGCUUUCAAGGAUGGCAAGAAGCUCAACUUGAUCUUGGAUGACGGUGGUGACUUGACCCACCUCGUUCACGACAAGUACCCUGAGAUGCUAAAGGACUGCUUCGGUGUCUCUGAGGAGACUACCACCGGUGUCCACCACCUGUACCGUAUGUUGAAGAACAACAAGCUUCUUGUUCCCGCUAUCAACGUCAACGACAGUGUCACCAAGAGCAAGUUCGACAAUCUUUACGGCUGCCGUGAGUCUUUGAUCGACGGUAUCAAGCGCGCCACCGAUGUCAUGAUUGCUGGUAAGAUUGCUGUCGUCGCCGGUUUCGGUGACGUCGGUAAGGGUUGCGCUAUGGCUCUCCACGGAAUGGGUGCUCGUGUCCUCAUCACUGAAGUCGACCCCAUAAACGCUCUCCAAGCUGCCAUGGCUGGUUUCCAAGUUACCACCAUGGAGAAGGCUGCUCCCCUUGGUCAAAUCUUUGUCACCACUACUGGAUGCCGAGACAUCCUAGUUGGCCAACACUUCGAGGCCAUGCCUAACGACGCCAUCGUUUGCAACAUUGGUCACUUCGAUAUUGAGAUUGACGUUGCCUGGUUGAAGAAGAACGCCAAGAGCGUCCAGAACAUCAAGCCCCAGGUUGACCGCUACCUGAUGGCCAGCGGCCGACACAUUAUCCUUUUGGCUGAAGGACGACUGGUCAACCUCGGCUGUGCCACUGGUCACUCUUCUUUCGUCAUGUCCUGCUCCUUCAGCAACCAAGUCCUUGCACAAAUCAUGUUGUUCAAGGCUCAAGAUAAGGCCUUCGGCCAGAAGUACGUCGCCUUCGCCAAGACGGAGAAGCUACCCGUCGGUGUCUACGUACUACCCAAGGUUUUGGACGAGGAAGUCGCCCGACUACAUCUCAGCCACGUCAACGCUGAGCUCACCACCCUCACCAAGGUACAAGGUGAAUACCUUGGUUUGGAACUCGAGGGUCCCUUCAAGAGCGACCACUACCGAUACUAAUUUCAACCGUGUACAUCAUUUUUUUAUUCGACGUGCACAGAUCUCAAUACCGUGUGCACUCCGGAGUUUACCUAUAGCUUACUAGAGUUCCCACGAUUCUACGGGGGUUGGUCUGUGUUUCAACAAGCAUGAGUCUACGCAUCAAUGGAUUUAGGGAACGGGGUACGAGGAAACAAAAGGAACCAGGAGUGCCGGCAGGUCAUACUUUUUUCAACAAAAAACGGCGUUGGCAUUUUGAUGCAUGACAUGAUUCCCCUCAUGGCGUUUUGAUAUUUUCACAAAGACCGAGGAAAUGGUUAAGACCAUUUAUUGUUGGUAAAUACCUAUUACAGCUAGAGAAAAGAGCUGAGAGCAUCAUCCGUCAACCGGAUCUGGAUAGAAAAUAGAAGCAGCUAACGCGCGUUUUCCAUCCGAAUAUUAUAUCUAUCAAAAUGAAAUGAUUGUGAUAAUUGAAAUCAAAGGCAUUUCAUCCUUUCGGCUCGCUUUCUGCAAAUUGAUUUGCACUCGGGAGGUUUUACGUAAGAGGCCAUCGGCCAUUUUCUUAAGCUAGGACCCCCACGUCACGUAGAAGCUAGCUGGUUUAUUUCUUUUCACACUGCGAGUGGCC